AUGUCAGCAGCACCCUUUUCGACCUAUUUCCCAGGACAAGAAGCAGAGCCCGCAUCGUAUUCCGAACACAAAAAUUUUGUCGUAGGAUCAGGAAAUAUAUAUGUACGUGCUUCAACUUUUGAUGGAAUUAGUGAUGAAGGUUCAGGAGGCGCAAUUUUCAGCGCUACUCGAAUUGCAAUUGUUCUAUCCAAGUUCGUAAAUUGUCACUCUGAUGUACAAGGAGGUGCAAUUGCAGUUUACGCAGUAGAUAAUAGUCCAGAUCGGGCAUUCUAUUGCACGCAAUGCGUCGCAAUCGGAUGCAACACAAAUGAUGCAUCAAAUACUAAUCCAGAUCAUCAAAAAGGAGAGUUUUUCUAUUCACACGUUUAUGAUUCUACUACAACAAACCAUGCUUCCGAAUUAAGUGUUACAAAAUGCGCUGAAGAGGUAUCUGAUAGUUGCCAGAGACCACUAUUCUUUAUUGAAGGUAAAGUAACAGCCAAAACUAUUAACGUUUCUGAUUGUAAAAACGGAUGGUGUUCUUGCAUGGAAGUACGAACAGCUACCUUAGAAGAUUGCAAAUACAUGCUUAUUUCGAACUGCGAAUCAAAACAAGUUAUUAUUGAAUUUAAUCAAGCAAGUGGAACAUUUUCUUACGUAACAAUUACUAAAUGUGGGACAACAAUGGUAGAUACUCCCUUUAGGUACUUUACUUUGACAAGUUCACAAAUUUUAUUUGAUUAUAUUUCUGUAUAUGACUGUACAUCAAGACAGAACGAUAUCUUCCAUAGUAUCAAUGGCGGACAAUUGAGUCUGAACAAUGUUUAUCUCCAACCUGGUUUCGAAACCAGUAAUAUAACCGUACAAAAUACUCUUGAAUCCCAAACAGAAUUUCUCACAGAAUUCUUUGAUGAAAGUGAACGUGAAAAUGUUCUAAUUGCUGAAACUUCUUCAAGCACUACAACCUCAUCAGAAAGUCCAUCUACUUCUACUUCUUCAUCUGAAAGUCCAUCUACUUCUACUACAUCAUCAUCAGAAGAAAAAGAACAAUCACAGCCACAACCACAACCAGAAGAUCCAACACCAAAGCCAACAGAAGAAACACCAAAACCAACAGAAGUCACAAAAAGUGGUGGUGGUGGAGAUAGCAGCAAAGACGGGCAAAUAUUAGGAAUGGCGAAAAAGAAUUUCAUCAUUAUGAUAGUUUGCGUUGUCGUUGUUGUAUUAAUAAUAAUAGUUGUAAUAGUUGUAUUAAUCAUCCGUAAAGGAAAGGAUGUUGAUAGCGAUAAAUCAGAUUCAGAUUUUAACGAAGCUGAUAUUGCUGCAAUUUCAUCUCCAGAAACAAACUUCCCAACUGAAACUGUUGUGGAUGAUAACAAUAUGUUCACAACAAAUCAGAAUAUGGAAGAUGACCCAUUCAAAGCCGAUUUCAAUAAGGUAGACUCAGAAAGUGACACUGACUUAAAUACUGAUGAUUUGUAA